AUGAAGGCUACACUGUCGAGCCCAGAAGAUGUGGCUGCGGCACUGGAAAGGAUUUCAACCACCCAGCACCACAACAUCAACGUUAACACUGACAGAGAAAGAGAGGACUUUGAAUUGAAGAUUGAUUUUGAUCCACCAAGACCUCCCAUUCGAAUUACUUCUCCAGAUCUCUUGUUCACCCUCAUUCCCACAGUGGGCCUCGAAACGAGGAAUUACCACAUUGAUGCAGCAAGCUUGGCUGAUGUACUCAGGCAAAGUGCACCCCUACUCAAUGGACACAAAAUGACACAUUUGACCCUCAACAAAUUGGAUUUGCGACAAUCAAUGGAUGCUUUUUGGACGGUUUUUGGUGAUGACUGCUGCUCCCAACUGCGCCAUGUGGUGGCCAAAACGUGUGUGAUUCCGCCCAAUCAGUGGGUCCAACUAGGCUUGAGUCAGGUGCCACGGCUGGACACUCUACAUCUGGAAAAUGUUUUGAGCUUGCCGCCGCCGCCAGGUUUGCAUCGACCCCUUGGUCUGACACUUCCAAAUGUCACUUGGUUGCUGCAUCAGAAAAGGGACACGCUUCGAGAUGUGAUUUUGGACAGUGUCGAAGUACCAUCACUGGAUUUAAUAUUGGACUUGUGCCAUGCUGUUGGUCAAUGCUCCACCUUGAGGCGCUUCUCCUGUGACUUCUACAGCGAGGGCGUCGACUCAUGCACUACAUCCGAAAAAAGAGUCAAUGAAUGCAUAGGGCAAACCAUUGCAGAAGCCACAUCUCUGGGAGAAUUGACAUUGCCUGUUCAGGGCAAGGCAUCACUUGAACCCAUUGCUCUUGGGUUGGCUCGGAAUGUUGGAUUGAAAACCCUCAGAUUGAGCACUCUUACUGAUCAUCAGCAAGUUAAGAUAGAAGAGGGCCAUGAAAACCCAGAAGUCAUGGCUUUGUGUGAUGCAGCAGCAACAAAUCUGACAUUGGAGAAAUUGGAAUUUAAAAGACAGGGCCUCCAAUGGCAAAAUUUUUGCACAGAACGUUAUGAAUGGCCUCUGAUGAUGGACAAUCACAAAGACCCUAACCAGAUGGCUCUGGAACAACUGCAGUUCUAUCUCCAUCUAAAUUCCAUUGGAAGACGUCCAUUCCUAAGCCAAUCUCCCCACCUGACAACAGCAGCAACAACAACACGGGCUGAUUGGAUCAACAUGGUGGUGAAGCAUCGGAAAAACGAAUCGGUUACAUUCUACUUUCUGCAGCUCAAUCCGUCAAUCUAUUUUAUGUGA